GAAUUUCCAGUAAACUAACAUAGAAUAUAUUCAAAUAAUUUCCAAUACUAAUGUUUUUCUUUUUUUAAUACCAUAUAUAAAUACAGUGGCGAGGCGAGAGAGAGAGAACACAACGGUCGACGAAUAAACCAAAGCCAUUUCGAUUUCACAGAGCACAAAAACGAAACCUUAGAACUAAGUUCAGUGAAAUCAAAAUGGUGGCAAAAAUGGUGGCAGAUUCUUAUGAAGAUAGCCGUCGCAAAAGAAUGGAAGAGAAUCGGAAGAGGAUGGAAGCUCUCAAUCUUCCUCAACUCUCUCGAUCCCUUCACAAAUCAUCUUCUCCCAUUUCAAAACCCUCGCCGUCCAAAUCUCGCACCGUCAAGAAAGAGCUCGUCGUCGUUCGAAGAUCCGGCCGUGUCGCCAACUUGCCUGCUCCCGUUUACAAAGAAGUUCUUAUUGAUCGCGUUGUAAUGCCGGGAAGAUCUUCAAGAGGAGGUUAUAAUAUGUAUAGGGAUUAUUCAAAGCGUGUGUAUGCUUCCGAUGAAGCUCGAGUGGAAGCGUUGGACAAGGCGGAGAAGUUGCAGGCCGAAUUAAACUCGAAGAAUCCAAUUUUUAUUAAGACAAUGCUUCAAUCUCAUGUCACUGGUGGAUUCUGGCUGGGCCUUCCAGUUUAUUUCUGCAAGCAAAACCUUCCAGAAAAGGACGAAGUGCUGACCUUGAUUGAUGAGGAUGGAGAUGAGUUUUCAACUACAUAUUUGGCUUAUAAAACAGGACUUAGCGCUGGCUGGAGAGGUUUUGCCAUUGCUCAUAAACUUGCUGACGGGGACGCUUUAAUUUUUGAAUUAGUUAAUCGCACUACAUUCAAGGUGUACAUUAUUAGAGUGAAUGGCAGUCCUUCAGAGGGUGAAGAGCAGGAGUGAAUUGCAGUGAAGUUGGAGAUUGGAGGCAGUAAAAUUAUAAUUUGCAUCCUCUUGAGUAACAACUAGGGUCACAAACUAUAUAGUUAGCAGUGUUUGGCGAAGGCUGUAAGAUUAGUCCCUUGUCGGCACGGUUGCAUUUUGUGUAUUGAACACAUUAUUAUUUAUUAAUUAUAUAAUUAAUAGAAGGUUAAGUUUAACUGUGUCAUCCAUUAUUUUUGAAAGAUAUGCAAAUUUAUAAU